UGUUUUAUUUCUGUGAGUAGUUAAAUAUAUUUAAUAGCUUACUCGUAAACGAUCAUCUGAUAUUUAGUUUUUUACUUAGUGUUUUUAGCAUUUUUUAACAAUCACAAAAAUUAUAAUUACGGCCUUGUCCAAGCCUAUUCAAAAGAUUUCUCAUAGACUACGGCCUCGUGCUUUGUUUUUCCAGAAUCUGUGGCAACCGAAAUAAAUUGUAGCUGUUUUCUCUUCGACGGUGGGAGAACUGCCGCCCCAUGGCCCGCAUAGAGUUCAACCCUUUUCCGUUGCCAUUGAUACAAUUCGAAGAAUGCUGGUCAUCACCGCUGAUCCUCGAAGGCUUCGAGUACGACUGGAAGCAAAGUGCGACGACUUCGGAUCGGCUCUACUACCACCACACUCUAUCAAGCAUUCGUCAACACAAGGACUUAAAACAAAAAUGUGCCCCGAAAGAUUCGCUCGAUUUGGUCCUUGCGAGCGUUUACGACCAGAGCGAAGACGCAUUUCGUGACAAGUUUUUCGUUAUGACUCAACCGGAGACGGUCGGCCUGCCGACGUACCGCCUGCUGAAAAACAAACGUUUGAUCCCAGCACAAAGACCAGCUCGUGACUUAAUAAUGGACGAAGAGAUCCGCAGCAGGAGAGAAUCCGACAGCCUUCUUCCCGGGACGACGUGGCACGGGAUCAGGCAAGGAGGUGUCACAGAAAAGCGAAACGUGCACCACAUCAAAUUGGGCAUCGCGUCAGGGAACAACAGAGGAUAUUCUAGGAAAAACGACGGCACAUUUUAUUCGUCUUAAACUAAAUUGCUCAAAUAUAAAAGCUCUGUCGGAACUAAA